CUUCCCCCUAACCUUUACAUUUAACAACAUUUUUCACUUUCCAACAUUUUUACACUUUCCAAACAUUUUACACCCAAAUCCAAAACAUACGCACAAAAAUAUAGUGAGAUAAAAACUUAAAUGGAGGAGUUUAGUAAUAAUAAUGGCACUAUUAAUAAUGGAAAGAUGAGCAAGAAAUAUUAUUACUAUAACAAGAAUAAUAGUAAUGGUAAUGUUACUGUUACUGUUGGAGGAAGUGCAAAUUAUAUAAAGAAAGGGCCAUGGAAAUGCGAAGAAGAUCAAGUAUUGAUUAACCAUGUUAACAAGUAUGGCCCUCGUGACUGGAGCUCCAUUCGAUCCAAAGGUCUUCUUUAUCGUACUGGCAAGUCUUGUCGUCUUCGUUGGGUUAAUAAACUUCGUCCCAAUUUGAAAAGUGGAUGCAAGUUUACGGCAGAAGAAGAGAGGGUGGUGAUAGAAUUGCAGGCGCAAAUAGGGAAUAAAUGGGCAAGAAUAGCAACACAUUUGUCAGGAAGAACUGAUAAUGAUGUCAAGAAUUUCUGGAGUAGCAGGCAAAAGAGAUUGGCUAGGAUUUUGCACUCUCAAUCUCCUCCUCGUCCUAACAAAAAGCACAAAUCUUCUGCUUCUACUUCUACUUCUACUUUUACUUCUAAGGAUCGUGCUCAUUUUCUGGAGGCCACCAAGAAUUCUUCAAUGGAGGGAGAGACAUCAUCUAAAGCUCAAUCUGUGAACUCAUCCUCCAACAGCAGUGCAGACAAAAACAACAUGGAAAUGAUACCGUUUACAGGUUCAGUCGACCACGGUUAUCCAUGUUUUGAAGAGAGCAACGUUGCUUAUCUGGAACCAAUUCCCUUAAACACAUACUACAACAACAUGGACUUGCAACUACUUGAACCGCCUUCUUUCCCCACCAUUCCCCACCUCCAAACAGACCUAAUUCCAUUCCCCCCAGAAACACAGGAGCUCAUCGAUAGGCUCGAUUCGAGCUUUUUUUCACCCUUUGGAUGCACAGGUGAACCUGCACUCGUCGAUGAUGGUAUCAGCUUUUAUUCAUGUUUUGAUGGAGAUGCAAUCAGUGGUGAAACAAGAGUUAAGAGGGAGAAUUACAACAAUGCAACACCUGACAGCUUUUUCGACGACUUCCCUUCAGACGUGUUUGAUGAGAUUGAGCCCUUACCUAGCCCUUCUGGCUGGUAAAUUAGGAUUAACUGGUCAAUUAACCUGUAGUAGCUCUGUAGCUUAUGUUCUGACUUAACUUACCAGGCUUCUGUAAUCUGUAGUUCUGAUUGUUUAACUAUCUUUGACUCGAAGACGCUUUUGACUUUAAA